UUAUGUGAAAACAAUAAAAUAGCGAUAGAAAAAGUCAGACAACGGAUCAUAUGGUGGGAUCACAUGAUCAUGUGAUAAAAGAUCACAUCAUAACAGGAAGCUAACAGGAAAAAUUUAGAAAACGUUGUUGUAUAGAAGAUAUGGUAUUGGUCACAACUAAUCGCGCGGAUGGACAUAAUGUGAGAAAAGAUAACAUUAGAGACAUAAAAAUAAAAAUAUAAAAACAUUGAAAAAGAAACAGUGAAAGUCGUAAGAAGUACUGGAAAUAAAUCACGAUGUAGCCUAUGCCCCAGCAACAGCUAACUCUCAUAUUAUGCAAGUCGUGUUACAUUUCUCUCUCAUUUUGCUCUGGCAAACCGCUUACAGCGCUACAUCAGAGCGGCAGCGUUUGAAAACGCUGGACCACGCUUAUCAAUACAAGUCACCGUCUAUGUCAAACACACUUUAUGCACAGCGCGAAGAGCCUGUCAGAUUGCUUAAAGUGCAACAACAACUAAAAUACCAACCAACAAAUUUCAAUGGCAUCGAGCCGUAUACCCAAAAUUAUAGAAACGCAGACUAUGAGCGACCGUUAUAUGCCGUUGAUAAGCAGCUGCAUGAUGACCAACAAACACAGCAGCAAGAUAUUGAUGAUAUCUACCACGUGGCAAAGCAGAAAUAUAUGUACCAAUAUAGUUUACCAACAAGCAUCUAUCAACUGCCUCAACCGGUAAUCAGUCAAGCGUCACUUCCACCCUUGGCUUCAGAAAUUUUAUAUGCCAAAAACCCGUUACUUCAGUACCAAUUGGGAGUCGCAGCGAGCACUGCACACGCAGCUAAUAAACAUAAAAGUCAAUCGAAUCAGCUACUUCAUGCGCCGAAACGACAAUCUGAAAAGGACACUCGUCUAGGUUAUACCAACCAACUACCCUAUCCACCGUCCUUUAUCAGCAUCACCAGCACAACUACAACGCAAUCACCAACCUACAAUGCACGGCUGAGAAGUGUGGAUACCAACCCAAAUAAGAUCAAUCAAUUUCCAGAUAUUUUCGCCAAACGUCAACAUAUUUCAUUAUUGGAUUCGUAUAUACCCAGUUGGGUGAUGUUGCGUAUGCAACAACAACAUAAGCGACAACAACAAAAGCAAUUCCAUAAAUUUGUUGCUACACAUACUUUAGCGUAUCCAAUUGCAAAAACGUAUGCCCAAAAGUAGGCAAUAGGUUAUGCUAUGCGCGCGUAGUCUACCUUUAGGCGGAAUUUAUUUCGUAUUUCUUCACUUGUUGUAUAUCUGAAUUUGUAGUCAUUACUGAGUUAUUCAUAUUAUUAUAUAUUAAAUACAUUUUAACAAACAACAUUA